UCAUGUAUAAUACUUCCUUCUAUUUUGCAUCCCCAUAACCAACUUAUAUUCAAUCCUCUUAUGUUAGAUAUGCUCAACCACCAGUCAAAACCAUCAUUAAACCACAAAAUAUCCAAAUUUAACAUUCUGUACUUUCAUAAAACCUAUUAUAAUAGCCAAUUCCUACAACAAGAGUAUAUCACACCUAGCCAAUUAUUCCUGUUAGACAUAGCAAUUCUAUCCAUCAAUCUUAUGCAACUAGAACAAUUGUGCCUUAAUCCUAUCAAAUAGUCUUAAAUACUUCCUAUUAACAAUCACAAUUUAUGACAUCUCCAAUACCAUAUCAUCCAUAAUAAUAAACAUAUUCAUAAUCCUUUCAUCAAUAAUAACCAAAUACUCAAUAGUUUUAGUCUAGACAAUCCAAACCAGCUCCAUAAUCUAUGUCAAAUUAUCAACCAACUCCGUAAUAUUAACAUAAACCUUAAUACUCUCAACCUCCAAUUAUAUCCUAAUAAGAAGAUGAUCUAGAAAAGAAGUUUCAGGAUGCAAUUGAUAGAACUAGAGAUCUAGUACAGAAGUACAAUAUACCCUAAUCAAAACCAGAGGAAAAAUAAUUAUAAGAUCUUGCCCUCUAAUAUGAAGAUGGAUAUAUUUAUAGAGGAUAAGGAUAUGAACCAGCAACAAGAGAAGGCUUUGGAGUUUUGACUGAUUAAAAUGACAAUGAAGUAUAUAGUGGUUAUUGGCUAGACAACCAAUACCAUGGAUAAGGAAAACUGAUCAAUUAUUCUGCAGAAGAAUUUAAUGGUCCUUUUGAUUAUAGAGAUUUAAGUAUAAUAGAGAAUGGUUGGUUAAGUUAUGAAGGAGAUUUCUUUUAGGGAAAGAUGUAAGGAAAUGGCACAUUAUAUCUUACCAAUGGAGAACGUUAUGAAGGUUAAUUCAAUGAUGGUAUGAUUGAAGGGAAAGGAGUAUUUAUGACUUAAGAUGGAUAAUAAAUUGAUGGUAUAUGGAGAGAAGGUGUAUUAGAACAUUGA